AUGAUCGGUUUACCCUGGAAGAGAGAUCUCUGUCUCUUGCCUGACAAUUAUUGCCUGACCAAGAAGAGGCUAAUUUCUUUGGAAAGGAGUCUGUCUCGUACUCCAGAGAAGGCUUUGCUUUAUGAUGCCGCCGUCCAGGAAUAUGUCAACAAGGGAUGGGCCGUAAGGGUUGACCCCUGUGAUCUUGAGAAGAGGCCUAGGUUUUAUCUGCCGCAUCAUGGCAUAUACCGUCCUGAUAAACUCAGCACACCCCUAAGAGUAGUCUUUGACCCAGCUUGUCAGUUCCAGGGUGUCUCCUUGAAUUCUUUUCUAUAUAAGGGCCCAAACUUGAUUGGAAACUUGCUUGGAGUAUUGCUUAGGUUCAGGGAGGACUUAGUUGCUAUUGUGGGUGACAUCUCUAAAAUGUUCCUUCAGAUUUUGUUGAAGCCUGAGGAUACCGAGGUGCAUCGUUUUCUGUGGCGAAACCGAUAUGACACAAGAGACCCUGAAAUCUUCAAGCUGACCAGAGUUGCAUUUGGUGAUCGAUCAUCCCCUCACAUGGCGAGCCUAGUGAUGUUGAAGAUAGCUGAGCGCCACAAAACGUCUCACCCGGAGGCUGCCCAGGUCCUAGAAGAAGAUCGAUACAUGGACGACAUGAUACAUUCCUGUGGAAAGACAGACGUUGCCCGAGGCAAGAUGAGUGAUCUUGAUGAAAUCCUAGCGACAGGGAGCUUCAGAGUCAAGGAGUGGUACAUUUCUCGUGGUAUCGGUAAACCUGAAGGUCAGCCAGCUAGUGUGCAUAGUGGUGAGUCUAUUAGUCUUGGAGGUAGCAGUAGCGAUAGCGUCAAGACCCUCGGGGUCUCUUGGGAUCAUAGCACUGAUUUGAUUCAUUUCAAGGUGAAGGAUCCACCUAACUCGUCUUUGACUAAGAGGUCUGUAUUGUCUCAUCUGUCAACUCUCUUUGAUCAACUUGGUCUUGCUACCCCAGUCACAAUCACUGCCAAAAUUGCCAUGCAGGACAUUUGGAGAUUCAAGGACUUUGGUUGGGACACUGGUAUGCCCCCCGACCAGGUUCAGCGAUGGAAUGAGAUUUUCUCCAGUUUCAAACAACUUGAGACAGUGUCUGUCCCUAGGUCAGUCAAACCAGACGACGCAUUGGAAAUUCCCCAACUUCAUGUAUUCGGGGAUGCCAGCAUUCAUGCAUAUGGGGCUGUUGCCUACAUGCUGUGGCCAACAGCUGAUGGUAUUAGCGUCCGCCUGUUCUCGUCUAAGGCUAGGGUGGCCGACUCCACCAAACCACAAUUCCGCGCCUUGAGCUGA